GACAUCCAUUUCAGUACCUAUAAUCCUCAUCACUUCCACCACCGUCGUGGGGUGAGACAGAGGAAUAGAAAACUUGCAGGACACUUCACCUAAUUCCUGUGGACUGCCAAGGCUGGCUGGCUUGCUCUAUAAUGUAGAUUUGUCCCACAGGGAUUUUUAAGAAAACAAGUCACCAUGGGAGAAGUUCAGAAGGGCUUAUUCUCAGUCAUCCAGAAACUGAAAGGCACCACAGAACAGGAACUACGGAUUGUUCUGCUGGGCUUAGACAAUGCAGGGAAAACAACUUUGCUGAGAAAAUUAGCUUCUGAAGAUGUGAGCACAAUCACACCGACCCAGGGCUUCAAUAUUAAAAGUGUGGCAUCAAAUGGCAUGAAACUGAAUGUGUGGGACAUUGGAGGUCAAAGGAAGAUCCGCACAUUUUGGAAGAAAUACUUGGAAGACACCGACGUGCUGAUUUACGUCAUAGACAGUGCCGACAAGAAGAGGUUAGAAGAAACUGGACAGGAGCUGUCAGAUCUUAUAGACGAGGAGAAUCUGAAAGGUGUUCCUGUGUUGAUUUUUGCCAAUAAACAAGACCUUGUCGCCGCCGCUCCAGCAAGUGAAAUUGCUGAAGGACUAAACCUGCACACGUACAGAGACAGGCAGUGGCAGAUCCAGGCCUGCUCAGCCCUUUCGGGAGAAGGCGUGCAAGAUGGCAUGAACUGGAUUUGUAAUAAUAUUGUAGAAAAGAAAAAAUAGGCAACUCAUCCAUGGACUCAGGCUGUUUUCAUGUACACUUUUGUUUUUUUAUUUUCAUUUUGUUUAAAAAGAUAAUUGAAAAUCCCUUGCUUUUAAGUGCUGCAGUUAUAUUUUGUGCUUUGUUAUUACGAACAUUGAAAUUUACCAAAGAAGUUUUAAAGUUCUGCCUUUUUGCUUCCUAUUUUGAAAUAUGCACUCCUAAGACCGGGGAAUGAAAAAUGUUGUUGGAGCUAAACGUAAUAAUUUAUUGAAUAGAUUGCAAUGUACUGAAGAGAAGGAAACUGAAAUGAAGCCUAACCAGCCUGUCAAUUAAGAACGACCAGCCUCUGAUGAUGAAGCAGCGGCCUUUGGUUUGCUCGGCCACAUCUUCAAUGGUGAGCAGUCGAACCAAGCAUGUUGUGAGUGAAUAGAGUGAGACAUGUCACAUAAACUCCUCAUACUGAUUCAUAUCACAAGAGUUUAGAAAGAUGCCAUAUGUUUUUGGCUGGCGCAGUGGUAGUGCUGCAGGGUUCGUAUCUCUGUGUGGAGUUUGCAUGUUCUCCCCGUGUCUGCCUGGCUGUCCUCUCACAAUCCAAAGACAUGCAGGUUAGGUGGAUUGGAAACACUAAAUUGGCCCUAGUGGGUUUUUGGUGUGUGUGUUUGUGUGUGUGUGUGUGUGUUCACCCUGCGAUGGACUGCCGUCCUGUCAAAGGUUUGCUCCUGCCUUGCACCCUGUGCUAGCAGAACUAGGCUCCUUGCUCCACCACAAGACCUUGUUCAGGGAUAAGCAGGUUAGCAAUUGACUAGAAAAUGAUGAAAUAUUUUUGUUAAAACCUUUGCAAAAAUAAGCCUUAGUCUGAUCUUAUACAGCACCUUUUGUCAGGAGCCGUUUCAUCAGGUGAUUUAUGAAGGCCAUGUCUUUAUUUUCCAACUGCACCAUCAUAAUGAGUUUUGUGACAUUCGUCUCUUUUUCUUUACCAAUUGUCUUUGUUGGCACCAUAAUAAGUCAUUUUAUUAAGACUUCUCUUUGUUUUACAGUAUAUAGUGCCUUUCAUAGUGGGCAUCACUGUACAACCCCAACACAGCUUAUUUUUUGCAUGAGUGCAGGUGCAGAGCACUGUGAACAAUACUCGGUUAAAAUACAAAUAUAACCUAUAUGAAUUAUUAAACAGGUACACUUAUACUGUAAAUACAGAUGUGUUAAAAACACAGAGAUCUAUGUAGAAACUGACUAAACAUAAAUGGAAACCAACAAUAUCUGUUGUAAAAAAUGAGACAGACAAAGACAAAAAGCUGGGGCACCACCAUGGUGAUGCAGUAUAAUUGAA